AUCUCUUGCAAUUCCUGUCACAAAGUCUCUUUAUUUUUCUAGCUUUUCACUUCUCAACAAUACAUUUUUUAAAUUAUUUUAAUAAUAUCCAAGUUUUAGCCUAAAUUAUGUGCAUUCUGUCUUGUAGACUUGAUAGGAGGGUGGCAGGCUCUAGUUGUGGUUACCAUUUUCCGGGCGGACCGUGGUCGCUUGGCGUCUGCCCCAGAAGUGAACCGAUAGCGCCACUCCAUCGCAGAUGGGGUUCCGGUGCGAGAAGGUUCUGGCGGGAACGCAACGAUCUUGUGAUCCAGCGAAUGGCAAAGCUCUUGGAUUGUUAUCCGGAGGAGAUUGGAGGAUUUCUCCAUGAGCUAACGCUGCAGAAUUACAGCCGACUGUUGUACCCCGUGGGUUGUGGCAGGAGUCCGUGCAACGUGCCCCUCUGUCAUCCGACUGUCUGUGAUCGGUAUAUGGGCAUUUUCGAUGAGGGGGGCAACUUGCGGGACCCCACCAAUCCGCGGAGUCUCUUCAGUCUGCUGUACUUGCUGCAGCGUUGCCUGAACGGGCAACCGUUGGGCGGUUGUUCGGGACUUCCGAUAAAUUCAAAUAAAAAAUGCGGUUUCGAGGAGUGCUAUCCUAGGACCGGGCCGGAGAAUUAUAUUGGCCUAGAUCAGGAGAAGGUCUGGCAGCUUUAUAGAUUUGGUAAUCCCAAAAAACGUAAGCGCUUAAGAGACCAGUCGAUGUCCUUCGUGCCAAGUCCAUCUAUAAUAUCGACUCGAGUCACGGUACCACGAAGUAGCAUCUCCUCGACCUAUGUGAGCAACAUGCGUGUCCUUAAAUCAGAGGAUUCGAUGGAAGACAGUUGGCGGUCUCGGCCUGGCAUCAAAACCACUCAUACAGACCCCCAGAUGGAUCCCGAACGUAACUUUGAAGCAGAACUUAUAAAUAUUCAGAGAAGGGCUUCGCAAAUUCGGGAAAUAUUUAAUGAUUUUGUGGAACAACAGAUUGUUCAUGUUGAUGCCGUGAAUCUAAUGGAAGCUAUUCGGUUGGUGGAUCUUGGCGAUUUGGAAUCAGAAUCGGAUGAGAAACGAAAAGGUAUAGGGAAAGUUUCGGCAAACAAGAUAGUGGAUGAGAUAUCCAAGUUUUACAACGAUGUGGUGGGGACUUCAUCCCAUCGUAAGAAGAAUAGUUGGAGAAAUUAUCAAGCAGCUCUGUACAAUGAGCCUGUCGAUUACAAGAGGGCCUGGAACGUGCAACAUUGCCUCGCGUUUUGAAAGUGAUUUGCAAAAUUCAGUCAGAAUAAUACAAAAAUAAUUUUAAAUAAAAUUUUAUUAAUA